AACCAUCCCCAUAACAUAACCAUCACCCACCACCAUCAUCACCCACCACCAUCCCCAUCUCCCACAUCUCCCACCACCCCCAUCUCCCACCACCAUUCCAUAUAUCCAUCUCCCACCACCAUCUCAUCCAUCCAUCCUUUGCUGCUAUAUAUCCAUCCAUCUUUUCCUACAAGUGUGAUAUGCUCUUGCUGCAUAUAUAUAUAGGAUAUAUAUCCAUCUAUCCUUUGCUGCAUCCAUCUUUUCCUACGAGUGUGUAUAAUGCUCUUGCUGCAUAUAUAUAUAGGAUAUAUAUCCAUCUAUCCUUUGCUGCAUCCAUCUUUUCCUACAAGUGUGUAUAUGCUCUGCUGCCUGUGACUGCACGGCCAACAAACAAAUCUGCCCCUAUUACCGUACUGUCCAUUUUGUCAAUCUUCAUCUCAACAACGUCAAAGAAGGUAACCUUCCUCGCACCGUCAUCUGCCGUUCCGUCCUACUCGAGAUGGUUGGGAUUGCGAUGAUAGACACACAUGAUAGACACAUAUGAUAGACACACAUGAUAGACACACAGUACUUCCCUGCCCAUCGUCGUCUCAUGGCGGCCUGUGUUGCCAAAAGCCAAAGGUAUAGGAUAACCACCAAGUAAAAUCCUCCAAACUGAAUCCAACACUCCAAAUUAAAAAAAUGAUCAAUCAUACAUAGCCGCCAACAAUAUCCUCCUCUACAUUCGAAUUAUUGGCGCACACGCUCCCAAACCAGCCGCGUCCACAAAAUCGCUACUAUGUGGAUGGAUGGAUGUGGAUGGAUGGUGGUCUCGGAGACGAGACACAAUGGAUCCUCGCCUGUGGGCCUGACAGCUUCUCCUCGUCCAGCACCACAACACCACCACACCACACACCGAGACGCAACUCGCCCUCAUCAACCAAGGCCGACAAACCAGCAAAAAGAACGAAAUCCCCGACCCAUACGGCUUCGACCCGAUGCAACCAUAGGAACCACAACCAAACCUUUGGAGUCUAUCUAUAGGUUAUAUCCCUCCAGGAGGUUACGCGAUCGAGAAAUCGGCUGCAUUUUCUCCCCAGCGCCCGAGGGCACAGUGUCUCCCACCGACUUUCCGUCUCCUGAAUUCCCAACAACCCUACACACCCGGCACGAUGACUGCCCACGAUGCAGCUGGUGAUGCAGGCAGAUUGAUCACUCCUCCCAGCGCACACGGUGAUGCGCAGUAUAGCGCAGCCGUGCAGCACAAUUCGAUGCAGUCCCCAGUUCCCAAUCCGACUCCGAAGAGUGUCGCAUUCGAACUUCUCGUCCCGGAGAGGCCGCAGUACCGUGCGCGCCUACCAAUGCGAGUCCAAAUAUACCCUCACGAUACUACAGACUCGAUUAUAACAACGGUCAAAAACUUCUAUGGCCUAUACAACGGGUCCGGCGGUCCGACGGGCAUCAUUUUUGAAGACGAGCGAGGCCAUACCCUCAUUGCGCGCUAUGAGAACCUACGAGAAAACAUGAACGUCUAUGUUCGCGUCAUCGAGGCAUCCCCUCAUGUCUCCCCUACAUACGGGCCGAUGUCAUAUCACUCUGUCGCCCCCACCACGGGCGAACAGGGCCACUACAAUGGCAACAGCCACCACAUGCCUCCACCCCAGCCAGCCCAAGCUCUAAGCUACGGCCAGCCUGCUCCUCGACCAGACUCGAGGGCAUCACGCAAACGAAGCGUCUCCCCGAAUUCGGGCCGCGGCCGUCGCAGUGCGUCGGCAAGCGCCAAUCCUCCCAACAAGAAAGCGAGGUCCCAGUCGGGGUACAAGAGUCGAAACUCCAGCGCGCACGGCAGCUUUGCAGAUAUCUAUAGCGAUGGAGUCAACGGCUACAGUAGCGGCGAUGGUGCUCCUUGUUCUGUAUCCAGCAAGACCAAGAGUGAGCACCUUGGAAACACGGAAAUCAGCCUGGAUAAUAUCGUCGAGGGCGGCAGGCGCAAGCGCGCCAAGUUUGAGAGCUCUGAGCUCCCACUAUUUGCUCCUCCCCAGAUGCCUGCGGCUACAUCGAACUCCUCCGUGUCGCCUGCCAGGCGCAUGGAAAACCAACGGGCUUCUCUGCCAUUCACACGACCAGCACACCACGCAUUCGUACACCCACAAGUCUUGCAGUCUCCACAAAGCUAUAACGGCGGCUUCGCGCAGCCUGGGAUGUACACGACACCCAACAAUGAUGGGCGACGAACCCGAGGUGGCCCUACAUACCCACCCUCGAGAGGGUCUACCAACAUCACGCCCAACGGCAACAGCUCGGGCAUACUCCCAACGCCAGAUCCCACGAUCGGCAGCUGCAUGUCUGAAGAAGACAAAGACGUCGCUCUUCAGCUCAUGAGACUCGGCGAUAUGUCAAACAACUCUCACGGCCGAACCUCAGCGUCUACACUCGAUGACACUUUCAGCGGCCACGCCGACGCUGCAUCCUCAACCGGAGCCACCAGCGAGUCCGAGAGCGAGAGCGACAACGAGCUCCCACCCGCUCGCCGCCAGAAGCUCGAACACAGCCCGAUCCUGCCACCCGGGGCCGUGAAGCGAUUCGGCAAGCACAUGGACGACAACCUGCCCAGCCAAGACAGCGAGAUGAGCGAGGACUACGACGACGGCCGCGACGCAACCUUCAAGCCAGAAGUCUACGACGACAUCUCCAACAACUUCAGUCUCGCCUUUGGCGACAAAGCCCGGGCCCGCUCCCAGGGCCCCAGCAAGCCCCGCGCCAAGUCCACAAAGCCCGGCAAGACUCAGCAGCGCCCUGGCGGCGGCAACGCGACGAAAUUGAAGGUCGCCAAAGCGGGCUCAGUCGUGGGCCGCCAGCCCAUGUCGCCAGCUUCCACCGCCGCUCACUCGCGCAAGACCUCCGUCACAUCCGCCAUCAACUUCCAGCACCAGCUCGGCGAGGAUGAGGAGGAUCUAUCCUCCAAGCCGCGCUGCCAGCGCUGCCGGAAGAGCAAGAAGGGCUGUGAUCGCCAACGCCCGUGCCAGCGCUGCAAGGACGCGGGGUUGAGCGCUGAUCAGUGCAUUAGUGAGGAUGAGGGGAAUGGCCGGAAGGGGCGGUAUGGACGCCAUAUGGGCGUUAAGGUGAAGAAGGAUGAGAUGGAGGCGGCGAAUGGGGGGGUUUACCCGCUGGAAAUGGGGAUGAACACCGUGGGAGGCGUUGAUAAGAAUAAGAAGAGGAAGAGAUAGGCGUGUGCUUCUUACUGUUUAUGAGGAACGAGCUGCGGAUUAUCUGCAGCAGUUUUUCUUUCCUUGUCUGUUUAUUCGCCUUGGCCUCGUCGUCAAGGAGGAUUCACGCAUGCAUGCACAAUUGUCAUUUCUGCAUUUUCGCCGCCGCGACGACGCUCAUCAGUUAUCAGUUAUACUGAGUUUACCGGCUGGUGCUCGAUCGAUCGAUUGAGCAUCCCGGUGCCCUCAAGUAUAAGCUUUUAUCGACAGUUACGCUCUCAGCAGCAGCUACUAUCUGCUCCGUUACACACGAGCUCUUUUAUUACUACAUUUUGGUUCCUUUGCUGUUUGAUUGUACCGGUACCAGGCAGGCGUUAGGACAACACAGAUCGGGGCUCGGUAGCCCAUAGACACUCCUUUUUCAAAAACUACUCUUAACACAAUUUAACGGCCGGACGAAACUACCAGAUCUUUUCCUUGUGUGCUGCUGCUGUGCUGUUGUUUAUUACCUUUUAGUUUUCGUUUAUAUCAUUUGCAGGUUCGGGAUCCGAGGCGUGGAACUUGUAUCUUAAUCGUUCUGGGCUUAAUGAGGUGUGUGGGUG